UUUUUUUUUUUGGACUGGGACCGGCAGAGGAACUAUCGGGAUACAACCAUAUUAUGAGCUUGUGUUGGUGUCAUGACAAGAAUAGGGUUUAAAAUAGACUGCUGUUGUACCACACAAAAGCCUAAAGUCGGGUUGCACGAUAAUUUUGGUACUUGUCGACGUCCGUAGUUGUUGCGGAAUGGGAUUUGCAUGAUGGGAGUUGUAGUUUGCUGUUCUGUGACCCUGGGUGCCUGUGAAGCAGCAUGGUAUUAAAGGGAAUUUCACGCUGAUUGUUUUCUAAAUGGUUUGAGGCAUUUUCAGGAGUUUUCAGAGACUUCAUAACAGCCCUUUAUCUUCAAGAUCAUUCCAUAUCUGUGAAUAUAUAAAAUAAUUGUCAUAUUACUUGUGUUUAUCUUCCUGGAUAAGAACGUGUAUUCUACACAGCGUAUCUGUCAUCUGCUUGUGAACCAAUGCCUUUUCUCCUUUUUUCAUCUUGAAUGGCAGUCUCCACAGCUACAUGACAACUUAUAGUGUUUCUGAAGCAAACACAUCUCUUUUAACAGGGAAAUGCCACAAUGAAACCUCUGCAAUGUAUUGGACAAUGGAGGAAAUGCAUCUUUCACUUCCAUUCAGCCAUCACUUUUAUUCCUCUUCGUAAAGCAAAGACUUCUUGUUUUACUGGGCCCUUUAACUCAGGUUUAUUGCUCCCAAAUGUGCUUUCUGCACUCCAACGGCUUGGAGAUCAUCCACGAAGAUCAUAUUUGCAGAAUACAUGUACUUUGUGGGAAUGUGAAAUAUUUCAGAAUUACUUGCAGUCCUUGAGCAAAGAGCAUGAACGUUUAACUGAAAUGCUGGGCCAAACUUCAGUAAGAGAAGAUGAUCGUAGGUCUGCUAGCAGGAGACACUCUGAACUUUCUCGACUUAUUGGUCUUUUAAGAGAUAUUAAGGAAACAGAGCAAGACGUCAGAGAACUGGAAUUAAUGUGUGCUGACAACAGAGAGGAGGGGCAAAUGCUUGCCCUUGCUCUAGAAGAAAAGAAUACAUUGAAGCAAAAUAUUAACAAAUUACGUGGAAAGCUCCUGCAGGCUUUACUACCGCAUGAGAAAUAUGAUAUGAAUGAUGCAGUGCUGGAAGUCACAUCUGGCAGAACAACUGGAGGUGAUAUUUGCCAGCAAUUUACUAAAGAAAUUUUUGAUAUGUACCAGAAUUAUGCAUACUACAAGUCUUGGUCAUUUGAAAUUUUGAAUUACUCUCCAGCUGAAUAUGGUGGACUGCAUCAUGCUGCAGCGCGGAUUUCAGGAGAGGGAGUGUAUAAGCGCCUGAAAUACGAAGGAGGCACUCACAGGGUGCAGAGAAUUCCUGAGGUGGGCCUCUCUUCUAGGAUGCAGAGGAUUCAUACUGGAACCAUGACAGUAAUUGUGCUUCCACAACCUGAUGAGGUGGAAGUUAAAAUUGAUUCCAAAGACCUGCGUAUUGAUACUUUCCGAUCAAAAGGCGCAGGGGGACAGCAUGUGAACACAACCGACAGUGCCGUGAGGAUUGUUCAUAUACCUACAGGUAUAGCUGUUGAAUGCCAACAGGAACGCUCACAAAUUGCAAACAAGGAAAAAGCUCUACGGAUCCUGAGAAUGAGGCUGUAUGAACAGACAGUAGAACAGGAAUUGUUGGAGAGGCGCAGUGCAAGGAAGUUACAGGUAGGCACAAGAGCUCAAUCUGAAAGAAUUCGAACAUACAACUUUACCCAGGAUAGACUGACUGAUCACAGAAUACACUAUGAAGUUCGCAAUAUUAAGGAAUUCUUAAAUGGUGAAGAACUUCUAGAUGAUCUAAUACAGAAGUUACAAGAAUCUGCUGAUACAGAAGCCAUCCUGGAGCUUAUAGAAAACUAUUCUGUAACACAUGGAAAAUGAUACAGUCCUCUUUCAUAGGGGCAUUGUAUAUGGCAGAUCACACUAUUUGCUGUGUGCAAGCAACAGGACAAAAAACUGAACACCAAGAUGCAUAUGGCAAUUGGAUAUGCAAAAGUUUACUCAUCAUAUAUUGUCUCCCAGUCAGAAGUUAUUCAAAAAUAUACCAAAAUGUAAUGUGACUAUGUGUCAUAUAAAUUACUGAAUAGAGGAAGGCUGGCAUGGCUCCCUUAGUCAGUUAUUUGACUUACCUUACCUCAGACAUAAACCUGAAAUAAUAUCCUUUCUAAAGGAAAUCUAUGCAAUUUUUAAUAGGUUUUACUAUACAUUCGCUUUAACUUUCAAAGAAAGGUUUUACUGAAACAUAGAGGGGCUUAUUUACAAGCCAGAACAACCACAUUGUGCAGCCCUAUGAUUCAAACUUAAUCAGUUGUGAGGUGAAGUUGCACUUUUAUACCUAGGGCACCAACUGGAGCCUUAAUGUUAGAUAAAAUCCUGUGUAGAUAUGUAUGCAUGUUGCACCUACAUUUUCUUGGCAGUUUCUUCAUGUAGUACACUGACUUAAGUGAACACUGCUGUGAAAAUUAAUGGGAAUGACAUCAUUAUUAAACAUAUGGAGCUAUGUGAACAUCUGUACAGAUGUAAAUUGAUAACUUAUGGGAAGAGAUCUGCAGUCAUGUAUAGUCAAUUGGGGUGCAUAUUGCUAGAAGAGCCUGUAUGUAGGUUGCAACCAAACUGGAAGCACAGAGAAGCAGUUAAAAUUGUACUUCUAUUAGCCAGGGAGACCAAUAUGUAUGUAUAUACAAUUAUUUUAAAUGCACAUCUGAUCACUGUAACACUCCUAUGCCUUUUGAUAGCUGCUUCCUUUUCAUGUCACUGGAAAGAACAUUUUUCAUGGCAAACUCUGCCUUCAGUAAGUGGGGAUUCCCCUACUACCAGCAGUGUCUGUAAUAGAUGCUGUGUUUCUCUUUGAGAUUAAUGGGAAUAGAAUGUCAGUGGGCCAAAAGUUUUAAUAAAUUAGUAGACACAAGGACAUGUACUGGGGACAGAUAUUGAGUGAUACAGGGCUGCUUUAUCAGAGCGGUAGGACUUUAUAUAAGACAUAUUAAUAAUAUAUAAUAAUAAUAAUCAUUUUUUGGUAACAUAUCCCCCUGUCUUUAAAAUGUAUUGUGCUUCUAUAAAAAAAAUGUUCCCUUUAAA